AUGACCCAGGUGCUCACUGGACACGGCGUGUUCGGCAAGUACCUGAGGGAAAUCGGACGGGAGACGGCGGACAUUUGCCACCACUGCGGGGAGGGCAGGGACACAGCGCAGCACACGCUGCAGCUUUAUCCGGCGUGGGAGCUGUCCCGCUACACCCUGCGGCACGUCAUAGGCGAAAGACUGACCCCCUCGGCGAUUGUAGAAGCGAUGUUGAGAGGGCCACAGGAAUACGAGGCCGUCCGCCUCUUCUGCGAGCGAGUUAUGCUCGCAAAGGAGCGAGCAGAAAGGGAGAGAAAGAAAACUCUCACCCUUGUAGGAUAA